UGUGAUCCAACAGUCAGAGUGAUAAAUUGUUAUUUGCAAUAAUGCCACAGAUCCAAUACGACAUCGAUAAGUAUCGCGAUUGUCUUAAAUUUAGAACUAGCAUCGUCAACUCCCAUCUUACAAAAUAUGGAGAAAAGUUAAAAUGGAAGGGAGGAGAGCGAAUAAUGGACAUUGGAUGUGGACCAGCUGAUGUUACUCGCCAUUGCUUUCUACCAUUACUGCCUCACGACUUUAAGAUGCUGGUAUGUGCUGAUAUAUGUCCAAAUAUGCUCAAAAGUGCUCGUUCUGAACUCCUUGGACUAGAGCACGUUGACUUCGUGCAAAUGGAUAUCAGUAAAUGUCCCCAAAUCAAUCUCAUGAAUGGAUUCGAUAGAAUAUUCUCAACCUUCUGCUUCAUGUACGUUGCUGAUCAGAAGAAAGCUCUUGAGAAUGUCUUCCAACUUCUAGCUCCAGGAGGGGAUUGUUGGAUCUCACAAUUUACUAUUGCACCGGUCGUAGAUACCCUUUUUCAACUCUCUGAGACACCGAAAUGGAGAAACAAGUUAAAGGAUCUGAGGAAGACUUUUAUUUUUCCAUACUGGGAUGAUCCUGAUCCGGUGUCAACGGCUGAAAAGUUCAUGAAAUUAAUUGGAUACGAGAAUAUUUCAGUGGUUUUGGACAAGUGUUUUAUACAAAUGACAUCAGAGAAGGAAUUUGAAGCUUUGGUAGAAAGCCUUUACGAUUCGUGUCCUAAUCUUUCGAAAGAAGACAAGAAAAAUCUAUUAAAGGACCAAACUGAAAUUGCAAAGAGCUUAAAUCUGUUCAAAUGCGAUAUUCCUGGUGAAACUCAGUCUAUGAAAGUUCCACAUCAAUUUCUCUUGAUCUAUGGAAAAAAGCCGGUAUCUUAGAAAAGGAACUACUUACGUGGACGAGAAAAUAAAAAUAUAAUUACAAAAUGAAAUUAUUCAUUAAAUUAAUUUGAAAACGAAUAAUAGAUUAAAUUUAUCAAUAUAAUAAUUUAAUCGUUGCGUGUGCAAAACAACUUUCUUUUCUUUUUCCAACUAGUCUGUAGACACAUCAGAAUAUUAAAUACAAGAUUAAAAAAUUAUUUUGAAAAC